UCUGAAUAAAGCUGUAUCACAUAGUAAUCUACUCUAGUGUUCUCAGAGAUGGACUAUCUUGCCUGCCUUAUUGUUGUUCUCCAGUUAUAUGAAACCAUGGGGGAAGGAAGAUUUGUGGAUGCAACUGUAAAACUCACCAAUAAUAUGAAUCUGGAAUGCAUCUAUCCAAAGACAGCUGGUAUAACCCAGAUGUCCUGGGUUAAGAGUAUUGCAACUGGCAAAGAAACUAUUGCUGUCUCCCACCCAUUGUACGGUGUGCAUAUUGAAGACAAAUAUAAAGACAGAGUUCGCUUUAUAAAUGCUUCCUCAAGAGACAGGUCCCUAAAUUUCAUCAAGACCACUGAAGCAGACGUGGGCUUGUAUUUAUGCUCCAUAACUUUCUCAGACGGAGUUUGGGAAAAGGUGGUACAGGUUAUCCAAUCAGAUUCUUUUGAGGUACCUGUGCUGCCAACCAACCACACGAUUACUGAAUCAGGGGGAAAUGUGACGCUUAGAUGUCCUUACAGUGUUGGAAGUUCGGUGCAGCAAGUGAUGUGGGAAAGGAUUAAAGCAGAUCGGAUGGAUACCAUAGGCCUGUGUAACUUGUCAGAAGGGAAAACCUAUGGUUCAGAUUACCAGGAGCGUGCAAUGAUAGACUGUGCUACUCAGGAGAGAGACAUUCUUGUCAUUCAAAAUGUUACAGCUUCUGACUCUGGAAUUUACCGCUGUCGUUACGGUGGAAACAAAACCCAUGUGAUGAGCUUGACUGUCACUAGCGAAACUUUGGAUCAUCACUGGCAUAUUUUGCUCAUUGCUGGAGGGGCUGCUGCCUCAUUACUGUUACUGGUCACCAUACUGAUCAUCAGCAUCGCUCUUGUUUAUCGUAAAAAAAAGAAAAGGAGAAGGAUUAUGAAGGCCCUGUCGAAAGCCCUGUACUCUACUCAGACCCGGCCCAGUAACAGUUAUGGAAGAUCCAACUUUCAUGGCACACCAGACAGCAGAAGAGGAGUAGAAUCAGUGUCUGGGCAGAUGGAUGAGAUUUAUAUCAACUACAGAGACUACUCACGCAAACCAAAGACAAGAGCAUGAGUUUCUUUCGCAUGUCUGAAUAAAGUAACCAAUGUCGAAGUACAGGCUCUGGAUCGUAGGCUGGAUUCUCUUUGUACCAGACUGACCUUUAUUUUUUUAGUCUCCAUCAGCAAAGUGACUUUGAUUUAUCAGUCCAGCAAGAGAUUAUUUGUUUGUCUAUAAUUUACACUUUCCAAGACUUUAACUACAUUUUAAGCCAUCAUUUUGGCAGGCAGGGAGGGAAUAAAUUAAGGGGCCAAUUCAGAGCUGCUGUACUCCAAUGGCACUGGAGCUGCAUCUGUCUACACCAGGUCUGAAUUUGAUCUUGGAAGUUUAUCUGAAUGAGUGAAGCAGAGGGAAAAUGUGUUCUUUUCUGUCUAGAUCCAGGUGUUUAACAUCUACAGUGGCACUCACAUUGUGUGCUUUAUAGAGUGGUAGCAGAAUGAAACUGUUUUUGCUCACUGGUAACAUAAUACUUGUAUUUGAUCUUGUCACUUCACAUGCAGCUGGUUUUCUCCUGCCCAGAAUAAGACGGGUUCACAGGAACUCACCAUCCCUCCCUCUUCAUGGCCACACAAGAUGUUCAAGCAGUUACUCAGGUCCUUAUGGUUGAGGAAAGGAUAGAAAUCUGGCCCUGAGGCACAGCAGCACACUCAGGCCUGGUCUACACUGGGGUAGGGAUCGAUCUAAGUUACACAACUUUGGCUACGUGAAGAACAUAGCUGAAGUCUACGUACUUAGAUCUACUUACCGCGGUGUCUUCACUGCGGUAAGUCGACAGCUGACUUUCUCCCAUUGACUCCGCCUGUGCCUCUCGCCCUGGUGGAGUACCGGAGUCGAUGGGAGAGCUCUCGAUUUAUCGCAUCUAGACUAGACGCGAUAAAUCAACCCCUGCUGAAUUGAUCACUGCCCGUUGAUCCAGCUGGUAAUGUCGACAAGCCCUCAGGUGAAAACAAAACACAAAGA